UUUACCUCCGCUCUCAUUGGCUCCUAACUUUAAGGAUUUUAACCCCGAAUACUUCGAACGCAAUUUACAGUUCACUAUCAUGGCUUCUCAAAUAAAGCCUGUUCUACAUGGAUAUUUCAGGAGUUCAUGUUCAUGGAGAGUGCGGAUUGCUUUUGCACUAAAGGGGAUUGAGUAUGACCAGGUACCAGUGAACCUCGUCGCGGAUGGAGGCAAACAGCUUACAGAUCAGUAUAAAGCAAUAAACCCAAUGCAACAGGUGCCAGCUGUCACUAUUGAUGGCAUUACCCUGUCACAGUCACUGGCCAUCAUCCAGUACAUUGAUGAAACUCGCCCUGAGCCACGUCUCCUACCGACUGACCCAAAACAGCGAGCUCAAGUGCGCAUAAUCUGUGACAUAAUAGCCUCUGGGAUACAGCCUCUACAGAACCUUUAUGUCCUACAGAAAAUUGGUGCAGAAAAGGUACAGUGGGCUCAACAUUUCAUCAACAAAGGAUUUAAGGCCCUCGAGUCUAAACUGAAGGAGAAGGCUGGGACAUACUGUGUUGGAAAUGAGAUAUCCAUGGCAGACAUUUGUCUUGUGCCGCAGGUCUACAAUGCUGAACGGUUUAAAGUGGAUUUAAAUCAGUUUCCCAUCAUCAAACGAAUAAACCAGACCUUACUGGAGCUUGAGGCGUUCAAAGUCAGUCAUCCAUCCUGUCAGCCUGAUACACCAGAUGACUUGAGAGCAUAAAUCCAAAUUUUAAACACUUUACUUCACUUCUGUAACUGCUAGACUGAUGCUAGUGACAUAUUCAAAUUCCACUAAAAUGAAAAUGUCAAACAUUCAGUCCAAUUAAACUUUGUUCAUUGUGUU